AUGAAUCCAGCCAAGGAGAGUAUUACUCGCGUAUUGCAUCUUCUAGAGCCUCCAGCGCGACUAACAGGAAUAGUGGCAUCUGGGUGCGGCAGAGGCUCUAAGCUGUUGGGGUACCCUACGGCUAACAUCACUUCAGAUAGCCCUGCAGUUGCUCAGUUCUUGGAGGCAGCGGAAACUGGUGUCUACCUUGGUUUCGCCCAAGUCCGAUAUGCUAAGGAGUGCUCUGCAUCAAAGGGCGACCGCGAGGUUCACCCGACAGCGCUGAGUGUAGGGGUAAAUCCAAGCUUCAAUGAUGUCAAGGAGAAGCUGGUGGAAGCCUAUAUAAUGCAUCAGUUCACUUCGGAUUUUUACGGUACUGAACUGCGACUGCUAGUACUGGGCAGAUUCCGUCCAGAACUUCCGUUCGAAUCGAUCGAGCAGUUGAAAGCUGAGAUGAAGAUUGACUGCGAUUUCACAAUGCACGAGCUGUCAACGGAAAGGUUGAAGGCAUUCCGUGAUGAUGCUCUGUUCCAGGCUACUUCUACUGCUAGUGCUACUCCUUCAAAUAUGUGA